GUGACCCACCUUCUUGUUCUUCUUCUUCUUCUUCUUCGAAUUCUCCCAAACCUUUUAUCCCGAGGAAACCCUAGAUCGAUCGAGCUCUCACAGAUCGGCUCCAAGCUCCACCGUCAUACACAGAUUUCAGGCUAAGAAACUAGUUCAAAAUGGUUGAUAGAAACGCAUCAUCUGCAACAACUGAAGACACCCCAAACCCCAAACCUGAUGGAAAUGCACCUUCUGAGAGUGACCUUACGAGUGAUUCUCUAGCCCGAAAGGUUCAAGAAUCUCUCUCUCUUGGAAAGAAACAUAAGUUUUGGGAAACACAACCUGUUGGUCAAUUCAAGGACCUUGGGGACAACAGUUUGCCUGAAGGCCCAAUCGAGGACCCAACACCAUUAUCUGAAGUCAAACAGGAACCUUAUAAGCUUCCCAAUCUCUAUGAAUGGAUAACAUGUGAUAUGGACAGUGAAGAGAUGUGUGCUGAGGUCUAUAACCUUCUUACAAAUAACUAUGUCGAGGAUGAUGAGAACAUGUUUAGAUUUAACUAUUCGAAGGAGUUUCUUCGUUGGGCUCUACACCCUCCAGGUUAUUUUAGGAGUUGGCACAUUGGUGUCCGUGUCAUAAGUUCAAAGAAGUUAGUUGCCUUCAUUACCGGUGUUCCUUCUAGAAUUCGGGUCCGUAAUGAUGUUGUUACCAUGGCAGAGAUUAACUUCCUAUGUGUUCAUAAGAAGCUUAGAUCAAAGCGACUUGCUCCUGUUAUGAUCAAAGAGGUGACCAGGAGGGUUCACUUAGAGAAUAUAUGGCAAGCAGCUUAUACUGCUGGUGUUGUACUCCCUACACCUAUAUCAUCUUGCCAGUACUGGCACAGAUCUUUGAAUCCAAAGAAGCUGAUUGAUGUUGGGUUUUCUAGACUUGGCGCAAGAAUGACAAUGAGUCGAACAAUCAAACUGUACAAGUUACCAGAAUCAACGGUCACCCCAGGGUUCAGAAAAAUGGAGCUCCAUGAUGUUCCUGCAGUCACACGACUACUUAGGGAUUACUUAAGCAAGUUUAUUGUAGCCCCUGAUCUUGAUGAGAAUGAUGUGGAACAUUGGCUUCUUCCAAAAGAGAAUGUUGUGAAUAGUUAUCUUGUUGAAAGUCCAGAGACUCGUGACAUCACUGAUUUCUGCAGUUUUUAUACACUUCCUUCGACUAUCCUUGGCAAUCAGAAUUAUUCGACUUUGAAAGCAGCUUAUUCAUAUUACAAUGUUUCAACUAAGACUCCGUUGCUUCAAUUGAUGAAUGAUGCUCUUAUUGUCGCAAGACAGAAUGACUAUGAUGUUUUCAAUGCUUUGGAUGUCAUGCUCAAUGAAUCUUUCUUGAAGGAGCUGAAAUUUGGGCCAGGUGAUGGGAAGCUUCAUUACUAUCUUUACAAUUAUCGGCUAAGAAAUCCUUUGAGACAAUCAGAGCUUGGGCUUGUGCUCUUAUAAGUUAUAAUCUGAUACAUGCUUAUAGUUUUGAUAGUCACGUUGUAUUUUUUUGGGUGGGAAAGCAUUCCUUCAGAUUGUAGAUUUUGUUUUGCCAGUCGUGCAAUUUUGUGCAAGUUUCUUUGCCUGGAAUUUCUGUUGUUGAGACUCUUGAGACUCAAAAGAAGAUUUUAGUGUUGGCCAUUUUUGUUUUAGAACA